UUGGAUUAGUUACAGUCAAAAAUGGAAGCAUGGACCGCCUGGUUAGUUAUUACAAUGCUAAAUUUCACCCUAGCAUACAAGGUACAUUGUGCCGGCCUCGGAAACGACGACGAAUUGAUUUUAAAUACAAUAGAAAGAGAUUAUCCUGAAACAGUAAGCGAGGUACAUACUACAUUAGCAGUUUCCUGUUACGUCACUGCCGAUGACGUCAUCAGCACGGUCCAGUCGAUUCAAUGCCCGAGCGAAUGUGACGUCACAGACGAUAAAUUGUGGGGCACUGGGGUGUACUCGGGAAACUCCCGUAUAUGUGCUGGGGCAAUACACGACGGCAGAAUAACAGCUGAAUCCGGGGGUCUACUCACAAUACGAAAGCUUAAAGGCCAAGCUUAUUAUGACGGCACAAUGCAAUUCAACGUCACAAGCAGAAAUCAUACAAGAUAUAACUCAUCGUUUCAAUUUCAAAGCUCCUACGCAGGCAGACAACCGCUUUACGCAGUUUCGUGUUUGGCCACAGCAGAAUUCACUCACGAAAACGAAUAUCUUGUCAUAUGUCCGCCUGGUUGUGACGUCAUAUCCGGGGGGUUAUGGGGCACGGAUCGUUACAAGAUGACGUCAUAUUUGUGUGGAGCUGCAAUACACGCAGGAGUGCUGAACGCUACAAUUGGAGGUCGUUUCUCUGUAAUGAAAAAGUCGGGUCAAAGGUCAUUUAACGGGUCAACCAACAACGGUGUGACGUCACGAAGUUGCGGCAAAGAAAAUGUUGGAUUCGUCAUCAGAGCUUGCCCACAAACGCUCUCUGCAGUAAUAGCAGUGACGUGUGAUUUCCGAGCUGAUGACGCCAGCGAAGAUGUAUUUACCGUUUCGUGCCCGUCCGGCUGCGGUGUGCUUGGUGCUGUUAUAGGCAGUGGACCUUAUUCUGUUACAUCAAAUGUGUGUGGAGCCGCAGUACAUGAUGGAAUACUAAAAGAAUUCUUGGGCGGUGACGUCACAGUCCGCAAAGUCACGUGGUCAAAUUCGUACCAAUCAAGCCGUCGUAACGGAGUGACGUCAGAAAUGGGAACUACAUACACUAAAUCGUUUGUUCUUAAAGACUCAACUAUGCCGUACCCUGAAGUGUUAGAAGUUUCGUGCAGCACCAAAGCGUCGGAUAUUCUGGACGACACAUUUACCGUCGCCUGCCCUGGGAACUGUCAAAUUUUCCAACCGCUAGACGGCGUGGUUGGGACUAGAGUUUAUGCAGAAUCGAGUUCUAUUUGCAAAGCAGCGCUACAUUUUGGCAGCAUAACUGCAAACAACGGAGGUGUGGUAAUUGUAAGAAAAAUGGGUAAACUGCAAAGAUUUGAGGGGUCGCUAAGAAACGGGAUUCAGAGUCACUCAAGUAACUUGGAAGCUGAAAGGGCGUUCGUUUUUGGAGGAAAUUUAGAAGAAUUAGAUCUUCCUUUGAAAGUGUCUUGCAACUUUGCGGCACACAACUCACUGCAGGCAGAAUUCAACGUAAAAUGCCCAACGGGUUGCCCGCAAGUAAAUACAGACAACGGAAGAUUCCCAGCAUACACAAGCGUUUGUGGAGCAGCAAAUAAUUUCGGCACUGAAUUUGUGACCGUUAUCAAAACAACUGGAAUGUUGGACAAUACAGCUGCGUUUAAAGACCGAAGGGUUGAACGUUCGAAUCCCAUUAACACCGAACUGUUCGCUUAUAAAGGAGAGUUCGUAGUAAUUGAACAACAACAUCCAUCUUUACGAGUUGCAGCAGUUUCUUGCACCACACGGGCGGACCAAAUUUCCAGCCAGGUGUUUAUGGCAGUUUGCCCACAAGGCUGCUUAAGUGUCCAGCAUAAAGUAUGGGGUACUGACGUUUUCACUGAUGAUUCUUAUAUCUGCUCUGCUGCUUUGCACCAAAUGCGAAUAACAGAUUUUGGAGGGCUGGUGACAAUACGAAAACAGCCAGGUGUUCGUUCUUAUCUGGGUUCAACUGAGGAAGGCGUCACCAGUAUGUCACGUGACCAACCCUGGGAUACGUCAUUCGUGUUCCAAAAUACCUACAGACACAGUUCUUCGGUUUUCACAGUGCGAUGCGACACGGUAUUUUCUGCGUUUAGCGACGAACGAUUCGCAGUGCUCUGUCCACCCGAUUGCCUUUCAAUGACAGACGAAACUUACAUUUGUGUUUCAGCAAUCAGAAAUGGGACUAUAACAGACGCUGGCGGUGUAGUGACUGUACAAAGCAUCGCUAACGCAGACCGAACGAUGAUCGAAAGUUAUAGAUUUGUAUAACCAAUUAGGCAACAAUAUUGGUGUAACUGUGUUUUGAUGCGCCUUUAUAAACCAUUAGUGACUUUUUUGCCGAGGAAAUUAAAUCACCCUUUGAUUGUGAACGUG